CUUUGUCAGUUAGGUUAGCUAGCUACUUCGAGGUGAGACUUCUUGAAUUUGUAUUCGCUGGUGGUAGGUCACCUGGUCAGAGUAACAAAACGAUUUGCAGCCGUUUAAUACUACGGCAUUGUUGCAAAUGGCUUCGCGAAUAAGACUUGUACGUUUCUUUGGUGGAUUUGUGUGUGGAGUUACUGUUAGCACUGGAGCUUGCAUUGCAGCAGUCAAACUUUAUAUGCCUGAGCAUCGACCGGAAGAGCAUGUUCACGAGAAAGUAAGCGCAGCACAACGACUGAUUGAGCUCUAUGGACUCCCCCUGACUGGCGCCGAGACCAGAUCCUACACUAACCAUAUUCUGUCGUAUGAUCAGACCCGAAGGACACCAAAAUGGGUGGCGGAACACCUGUCAAACGAAAAACUACUUGGAAGAGCAGAUAGAAAGCACUGCAAAUUCAAGCCAGACCCCAAUAUUCCAGCGCUCUUCACUGCACACAACGAUGAUUACCUUGGUAGUGGCUGGUCUCGAGGACACAUGGCACCGGCUGCUGACAAUAAAUUUUCGGAGAAAUCAAUGGCAGAGACAUUUUAUCUCUCGAAUAUCAUCCCACAGAAUUAUGAAAAUAAUGCAGGCUUCUGGAACAGAUUGGAGAUGUAUUGCAGAGAGCUGACAGAGAGGUUUAGUGAUGUGUGGGUGAUCUCUGGGCCCCUUACUCUGCCACAAGUAUACCAGGAUGGGAAGAAGAUGGUCUCAUACCAGCUGAUUGGAAAAGAUGAUGUCGCUGUUCCUACCCAUCUCUACAAAGUCAUCUUGGUCCGGAAAGAUCCUUCGGCAGAACCACUGGCCCUAGGUGCCUUUAUAGUGCCAAAUGCACCUAUCAGCUUUGAGCAUCAUUUGAAGGAGUAUCAGGUGAGCCUCACAGACUUGCAGAGAAUGUCAGGCCUGACAUUCUUCCCCAAAAUAGAGAAGGCUGAGGGGCUGAAGAACCUCUGCUUGGUGGACUCCUGUGAACUCAUGGACUUUAAGCGUUUCACCCUGUACAUCACCAGCCGUAAGGUGGUCAGUGCCAAGACCUUGGCAAAGCUGGAAAAGAUGAUGUCAGAUCUUGAGGAAGCAGGAAUUACACCUGAUAAUUAUUUAGCCAAACUAUACCAGGAGAAGAAGCAGGAACUGUUAAAAAAGGAAAGUCCACAAAACCAGUUAUGGUGGAUAAAAACAUAAAGAUGUUUCCGAACCAGAAACGAUGGAUGAAAAAGGCCCAGUAUCUUCGAAAAGCCAGCAACAAAACCUGUAAAUAAUAAAAAAAGACAUUAAGAAAGCCAGACAUUAACCACAGCAUGUAGAGGACCACAUCAACAGCAUUGACACCCGAAGCAUUUGGCAAGGCAUCCAGUCCAUCAUGGACUACAAAACCGACCUUGCUUACUCUGCAACGAUGUCACAUUGGCCAAUGAGAUCAGCACUUUCUUUGCUUGCUUUAACAGUGGUAACAGUGCAACAAACAAGAAUCCCAACCACAGAGAAUGAACAGGUUCGCACAGAAGGUCGACCCAUGUAAAGCUGCAGUCCCUGGCACAGUUCCAGAUUGGGUUCUGGAGGACUGCUGAACAGCUAGCAGAGGUAUUUACAGGUACCUUCAACCUGGCUUUAUCUCUGGCAACAGUCUCCAAGUUGUUCAAUCAGCUAUCGUAGUCCCAGUGCUGAAGAAAAAAAAACCCCAUCAGCAACCUGAGUGGAGCAACUGUCGUCAGUUGCUCUCUCACCCACCAUAAUGAAGUACUUUGAAAAACUGGUCCAGGUCACAUCAAAGCAACCAUCCUGCCUCCCUGAACUCACAUCAGUUUGCAUACAGGAGCAACAGAUCCACAGAAGACUCAAUCUACCUUCCUCUUCACACUGUCCUGACUCACUUGGAGAAACAGGGCAUGUACAUUGGUAUGCUAUUUGUGGAUUACAGCUACCUAGCAAGCUCACCACCAAACUCCACCAGGAAGGCAUUAACUCAUAUCUGUGCAACUGGAUUCUGAACUUCCUGUCAGAGCAUCCUGAAGCAGAAAUCUAAUCAUCAACUUGGAGAAAUCACAGAAUGAGUGUUCUACAGUCUUCAUUAAAGUAGACAUGGUGGAAAGGGUGUCCUGCCUCAGGUUCAUGGGCAUCCACAUCUCAGAGGACUUCACAUGAUUCACUAACAUCACUGCACUUGUCAAGAAAGCACAACAGCAGCUGUUUUACCUGAGAACACUGAAAAAGUGGGUCUGCUUCAUCAGCUGCUGGUGACUAACGAUUGCUGCAUUAUGGAGAGCAUCUUCACAUACUGCAUCUCUGUGUGCAAAGCUCUGCUGUUGGCCAUCUCCAGUGCUGAAAAGAUCAUCAGGAUUCAGCUCCUAGCCCUGGAGGACAUCUAUAGUACUUGCUGCCUCAGGAAAACAGCCAGCAUUUGUAAAGAUUGCAAACACCCGUGUCGUCAUUUAUUUGACCUCCUUCCAUACUGCAAAUGACACAAUGUGUAUGUGUGUGUGUGUAUGUGUAUAUAUAUAUGUG